ACUGAGGAGGGAAAAAAAAAAAGAGUUUUUCACGUGGGGUUUGAAGUUGAGGUUGUUAUGGAUGCGUUAAAUGUAAGUCAUAAAUUUGGUGAAUUUUAUGCUCAUCCUAUAAGGUUAGGAACUGAUAGCUCAGUUAUUCGUUUUUUGUUUAUUAAGAAGCACGAAGGAAAGGAAGAUGAUGUUAAACCUUCCGACCGUACAUUGUUUAUUGUAAAUGUACCACAGUGCUUGAAUAAAAAGUGCCUGAAGUACAUAUUGAAGGAUACUGGUGACAUAAAAAAGAUAUUUAUACACAGCAAACCGAAAGGUAUUGAGGAAACUGCUAAAUCUGAACAAUCAAAAUAUUUUUCUGAUCAAGAAUCAUUUCUGGGGCCCAAAGUAGCUUAUGUGGUUUUUAAAAAUCCAUCUAGUUUGAAAAAAGUUUUGAAAUUGAGAACUACUGAUGUACUUUCCGUUCCAUUAGAUUUAUUCAGGUCUAAUAUUGGCCAAAAUAAAUGGUCACGUGAAUACAAUUCGCAAUUUAUUGAUCCUGAUGAUCUUCAAAAAGAGAUAGAAUCAUAUAUGAGUGAAUAUGAUAAAAAAAUUGAAGAUGAGAAAGACAGUAAACAAAUGGAUGGCGUUGCUGAUGAAGAAGGAUGGAUUACUGUAACGAGACAUAGCAGGAAACCUAAAAUUCCACGUUCUGAAGCUGUUGGUAAAAAGAUACUUGAUAAGAACAAUCGUGCACAGGCCAAAAAAACUUUACUAAACUUUUAUAGGAGUCAACUGAGAGAUGCCAAAAUGCAGCAAAUAGAAGAACUUCGUAAAAAAUUUGAAAGGGACAAAGAACGCAUAGCAUUAAUGCGUGCCAACAGAAAAUUUAAACCUUUUUGAAACAUUCAAUCAUGUUAAAAAAUCUAUGUUUGUUUAAAAUAAUAACUGAAAUUUUGUAUACUAUGAAACUGGUAGUAUUUUUUAUAAAAUUUUUUAUUUAAAUAUUA